AUGCUUGAGCGCAGGCCGGAAUUCGAGAGCGGUACCACGCCGCGGCUGACCGGAUCGCUGGAUGGCAAAUACAAUUAUCUGCCACUUGGCUCGAGAAAACCGUGCUUGCACGUCAAGUCCUGGUGGCCGAACCUCGAGUGGAGGAUGCACAAUAGCAACAGUCUGACUUUCAUGGCUGAAUUUCUCGAGCAGAAGUUGGAACAACUGGAGGGUCUGAUGGCGUUGGAGGACGCGAAGGCUUACAAGCUGUACAACGAAACGAUCCGUGAGCUGAAGAGCUACUGCAUCCAUUAUUUGCAUGUGCUGGACGCUGGCAGAUACGACGAAGAAGGAGGCACUACAAAGCUCGAUCGACAUCGUGUAAACCUGUGCAGGGAUGAGAUCGAGGACAUCCUGAAAAUGAUCAAGAUCAACGGGGAGCUUGUCAACAAUCGGUACAUGAGGAUCGCCAUGACACACGCGUACAAGUAUCUCGGCAGGGUGAAGAAGCUGAAGGAAGACGUUAUUAAACAGACUCUCGAUCCUUUCUGGGAUCAAACUCUGAUCCUGCCGCCGAGAACCGUGCACGGGACGAAAGAGUACAUUAAACUACACCCACCCAACGUGGUCCUGCAAGCUUUCGACCAAGACAUAUGCGGCACCAAGGAGUUCUGUGGAAGAUGCACAGCCAUUCCAUUAGUUAAACUCGCAGCGGAAACUUACUCGCCGCCUGAUUUCCCUCCGAAACUUAAGUGGUACAAAUUUAAAUCGCAAAGGGAUUGCAGCGGCUCCAUACUCGCUGCAUUUGAGCUCAUCGAGGUUGAAGACGACGAAACAGUCGACAGGACUAUUAGUUCUUCGAUGCUGGACGUGGUAUACAACAUACCGGAGGACAUCAGGCCGAAAAUGGCGAGUUACAGGCUCGAAGUUAUAUUUUGGGGCGUGCGGGACAUGAAGAAGAUAAAUUACUUGCCUGUGCUUAAACCUCGAAUUAUAAUAGAGUGCGCGGGCGUCGAUGUCAAGUCGGAGGUAAUGGAGAACGCCAAGAAAUUUGGCAACUUCGAGGAACCGCACAUUCUCGUCGACUUGUCUAUAAAUUUCCCUAAGGAUAUGCCGGAGCUGAGUAUUUACUACCCCUCUGUAACAAUAAAAGCUUACGAUUCGCGGGGAUUUGGCUGCUUCAAGUACGCGGGGAUUUGCAUCAUACCGAGCGUUUACGUCUUUCUAGAGCAGCUAAUAACCGAGGAGGAUUACGAUGCGCGGAUACACGAGACGAAAUCGAUUUUGAAACCGUCCUGGACGAAGAAACAAUCCACCACCAUUUUGUCCCUGCCGAUCGACUACGACCCGUCGAUGGACGAGAAUAGAGAAUUGAUCCCCUACAAGAAGAUGGCCGGGAAAGAUUUGUCCUCGAGGCUUCGGAAAAUCCUGCUGUCCGUAAAGAAGCUAUUCGCACGUUUCCUGGGUAGGAAGAAAAGGCGAACGAGAAUGGAGGUUCGAGGCGGGAACGAAGACGAGUCGCUGGAUUGGUGGAGUAAAUAUUUCGCUUCCCUGGAGGAGGAGAGAAGCAGACAGCUCGGGAGCGAAACUCUCGAAGGUCGCAAGCUCGUCGCGACGUUCAAGGUAUACGACGGGGAAUUGGAGUUGCAGCCGCAGUUCGCUGGAUUUCAGGAUCGACUCAGAACGUUCGAGCUCUGGAAGGGACGCAAGGCCGAGAAUCCUGAUUACGACAGCGAAAAUUACGUUGGGAAGUUGAAGGGACGCAUCUGCGUGUAUCGUUGGCCACACCCGGACAAUCUGCCAUGCAAAACGAGAAGCGGUCGACCCGCUGUUAAUGGUUUGUGCGACGAUUAUCCGUCUUCGGAGCCUGUCAGACUUCUCGUCCGGCUAUACGUCGUUAACGGCAUCAAUUUGCAGCCUAAAGACCCUCUCAGCGGAAAGUCCGACCCUUAUUUGUGCAUCAAACUCGGAAAAACGUACGUCAACGACAGGAAGAAUUAUAUACCUAACCAGCUGAAUCCCAUGUUUGGACGGCUCUUCGAGAUAGAAGCUACCUUUCCCCAGGAUCACACGCUGAUCGCCCAAGUAUGGGACUACGAUGCCACUUCUAGCGACGAUCUGAUAGGGGAAACUAAAAUCGACCUGGAGAAUCGAUUCUACAGUGGACACCGUGCCACAUGCGGCAUUUCGAGGACGUACAAUGCCGAGGGUUACAAUUACUGGAGAGAUCGCGAGAAACCGACACUGAUACUCGACAACCUGUGCAAGCGAAACAAUCUACCUUCGCCGGACUAUAGAGAGGAUCACGUGAAAAUAGGACGAAAGAGAUUUCGUUACGUCGAUGUCUAUCUGAAAGACGAGGCUGACAGGGAAGAAUGCAUGGCAUUGAACGUGCUUCAUCAGUGGCAAGACUUUCCUAUUUGCGGGUGCGCCCUGGUGCCCGAACACGUUGAAAGAAGACCGCUUUUUAACGCUGCGAAGCCUGGUCUGGAGCAGGUUAUAAAAAAGAAUGAUUUUGUUCAUUUGGUGAAUGCGAAAUACGUGAAUAGGGGGAUAAGGCUUUUGUUGCUAUCGAGGAAAAGCGAUGCCAUGAACCCGGUUCACGAAUCGAACGCUCUCGCAGCUACCAAAAUAUUCACUAGCCUGUUCUGGAAACACGAUAUGCAUCCCCGAUCGAUGUUUCAGGGCAAACUGGAACUUUGGGUCGAUAUGUUUGAAUUCGACGAGCUACCUCCGAAACCGGCGGUAGACAUCAGUCCGCCAGUGCCAGAGGAAUAUGAAAUUCGCGUGAUCGUUUGGAAUACCGAAGAUGUGCCACUCGUCGAUAGCCAAUUCCUUACCGGAGAGAAAUGCUCAGACAUUUACGUGAAAGGGUAUGUCCGAAAAUUGCUUCAUCGAGGACUCAAAUUAAAAAAAAAAAAUUUAACUGUAUAUUUUUCGUUAUACGCGAGGAUCGAUUCCAGCUGGAUUUUAUACGACGAUUACCAGAAGACCGACGUUCAUUACAAUUCCCUGAACGGGGAGGGUAACUUCAACUGGCGAUUCGUAUUCCGCGUCACGUACUCGAAGGGCGAGCGCGUUAUGAUCGUUCGCAGAAAGGUAUCCGUCUUCGCCAGAAGCGAAAUCGAGGACAAACUGCCCUGCAAAUUACAUCUGCAAGUUUGGGAUAGUGAUCAUUUCUCUCCUGACGAUUUCCUCGGUAAUUGCGAACUCAAAGCAUUGGAACGUCGCGCUACGUUCAGGCGGUGCGUACACGUAACUUCACAACAUUCGUUAACGUUACAAAUGUAUCAAAUUAUAUCGGAGAUUCGCGUUCAAAUUCAGGGGAAAAUCGAACUAGAAAUGGCGGUAUUGACUGCAGAAGAAGCGGACGAACACCCUGCGGGCAAGGGAAGGAACCCUCCUCAAGAUCUUCCUCCACCAAACCGACCGGAUACUUCAUUCUCCUGGUUUCGAAACCCUUGGAAGGCGUGUCGAUUUGUGGUCUGUCGCUACUACAAAUGGAGGAUAAUAUGCUUCUUCGUUUGCCUGCUGUUCGUGUUGCUUUGCGCAUGUGGAAUAUACGCUUUCCCUGGCUACAUGGUCAAGCGUCUUCUAGGAGCCUAA